CUUCCAGUGUGCAGUGGCGGCGUGGAGGGUGCGGUCGCCCCCGAAGCUGGGCCGUGACCCCGGAGGGCGUACGGUGCCAGCGGCGGGGACACAGGUCUGCCGUAGUGAGACUUCCGGGUGUCUGGGGCCUAGCCCUUCUGCUUCUGGACUCGGCUUUGCUCCUGUGGAACGUGCUUCCCAGAGCUGUCGGAGGCAGAUGAGCCCUCAGCCUGCGGCGGCUUAGAGAUCAGGAUGCACCAACACUUGAAAGUCCUCGCUUGGCCUCGGGAUUCCCUCCGCUGCCCUUUAUUGACUCGUUUCGUGCUCUAAGAAGACCGGUCUCUCCUGGGCCAAGCUGUUAAUGGCUGUCUUGCCCUGGCCAGCACGGUAGGGGGAGGUUUCCGGUAACAGACACAGUUGUUCUGUGGAAGUACAGGGUCUGGCAUCCCGUGUUAACAGGAGGCAAGACUGGUGGGCGGGUGGCAGGGCUCUUUUGUGUGUCGGGCAGGCCGAAAGAAAAUGACACCACACUGUCUCGCAGGGGCGAACGUGAGAGACAGAAUGUGGGCCUUUGGGCAAAGGGCAGUUUGUCUGCCUGGCUGACAAACAGAACGUGGGCCCAGACAGCUUUCUCCACACGGAGGCUCCGGUGACAAGUACACACAAGGUCACACGCGAGGCUUAGGCAGGACCGCCGAGCAUCCGAGGUCGGCCUCGGCUCCAGGGCCGGGCCCUUUCCCAAAAAGAGGACGAACGUAAACAAACUAGAUCGAGCCCCGAAGGAUGGUCACUCUGGCCACCCCCGCCCCACCCCCUUGCCCUGACAGCGUAGCCUUGCGCCUUUAAAUCCGGAGUGCGUCUGUGGUUCCCGCCCCCGAGGGCCGAGGGCCGUGCCUGGCGAUCAUUGGCUGAACUGCGCAGUUUUGAGCACGUGUGCGCGGGAGUUGUGCGCUCGGAUUGGAGCGAGGGCCUGCUUAUCCGGCGUGCCUUUCGGGUCACUAGCGGCCCCGGGCCUUGGCGUUCGGUUCCCGGGGCUUGCACGUUCCAUUCCUAGGCGGGUCCUGGGCCUCCAGGGUCCUACUACUCGCUGCGUCCUGGGUUCGAUGCGCUGACGCCCCGAUGCAGGGCCUCGAUGACUUCCCUCUUGAAUAGAAUCCGAGAGCUGUUUGUACUUGGUUUCACGUUCCUGCUCAGCACUGCUCCAGGGCAGUGAGCUUUGGCCCUAGGGGAAGAACAGGUGACCAUGGCGGAGUUCUCCCAGAAGCAGAGGAAGCAGCAUGGCGGCGAGGGCCUGGGCAAUGUGGUGGACUUCCUCCUGGCUAACGCUCGUUUGGUGCUAGGUGUUGGCGGGGCUGCAGUGCUGGGCAUUGCCACCCUGGCUGUAAAGCGGCUCAUUGACAGGGCCACCAGCCCUCGGGAUGAGGAUGAUACCAAGGGGGACAGCUGGAAGGAACUCAGCCUGCUGAGAGCCACGUCACUCCAAAAGCCCCAGCCCUCCCCUGCUGCAGUCAGCCAGCCCAUCUCUCCUGUGCCCCCCUCACCCUGUGCUCCAGUGGGGCCCACACCCACUCAUUCCCAGACGACACCUAAGCUCAGCUCCCUAGCACCCUUGUGCCUGACGUUCCAGGAGAAGCUGCUGGUGUUUGAGCGCAACCACGUGAUUAUCCCAGAAGGCCACGUGACUUUGGUGAAACAGCUGACAGGAGACAUUGCCUUGGAGCUACAGGCCUACCUGAAGAGCAAGUUCCCAGAGCUGCCCUUUGGUGCCCUUGUGCCCGGUGGGCCUCUCUACGAAGGGCUACAGGCAGGGGCGGCUGAGCAGGUGCGCCUACUAGCGCCCCUGGAGUUGGAGCCAGGGCUAUGGAGCCUGGUACCUGGCGCGGACACUGUGGCCAGGGAACCUCGAUGCUGGGCUGUGCGCAGGACCCAGCUUGAGUUCCAUCCCCGUGGGCGCAGCCCAUGGGACCGCUUCCUGGUGGGGGGCUACCUUUCCUCCCGAGUCUUGCUGGAGCUGCUUCGGAAGGCCCUGGCAGCCUCCGUCAACUGGCCGGCCAUUGGCAGCCUGCUCGGGUGUCUGAUCCGGCCCAGUGUGGCUUCAGAGGAGCUGCUGCUGGAAGUUCAGCAUGAGCGCCUGGAGUUCACUUUAGCUGUGCUCAUGGUGGUCCCUGGGGCCAGCACCGAUGACCGCCUUCUGCUGGCGUGGCCCCUGGAGGGGCUGGCCAGCAACCUCUGGCUGCAGGACCUCUACCCAGUAGAGGCUGCCCACUUGCGGGCCCUGGAUGACCAGGAUGCUGGGACUCGCCGGAGGCUGUUGCUUCUGCUGCGUGCCGUGUGCCGUGGCCAUCCAGCUCUGGUGCGGCUGGGCUGGAGCCACCUGACUCAGGUGGUUCUGCAUCUGGGUGAGGAGAAAGUGGCCUGGACGGAGGAGGCCUUGGGGGAACGUUUUCUGCAAGCCCUGGAGUUUCUGGUGGGCAGCUUGGAGCAGGCUAGCCUCCCCUGUCACUUCAACCCCAGCGUGAACCUCUUGGACGGCUUUCGAGAAGAGGAGAUCGAUGAUAUCGGCUAUGCGCUGUACAGUGGUCUCCAGGUCCCUGAGAGCCUACUCUAAGUGAACGAGGACUGUGAUUGGCAUGUUUUCUGAUGCUGGAGAGUAGCAGCUACUUCCCUCCCUGGACGCUGCAGAAUGGGGUUUGCUUUAUUAUAGCCAGAAUGGAAGGGAGGAUACAUUGCCCAAGCCCACAGGUGGGCAAGUGCCUGGGUGAUGGGGACCAGGGUUCCCAAACCCAGAGAGUCUGGGUUGCUGUCACCUGAAUGUGGCUGGCCUGCCCUGGCUGACAGCUUUCCAUGCCAGCCACACAGAUGGCCCUUCCCCCUCUGGAGUUAACUUAGGAACUUGGGCUCAGGCAACCAUCACCAGCAAUGUACUCACCAAGAACGAGGUGUGGCUUUUGAUUUCCUAGGUUUCCCCUAGGCAAAGGAUGUUCCCAACAUUUUUCCAAGAAGGAAGCUUAAUGUUGGUUGGGUAGCAGCCCCAUGUAUCCUGGAGGCACCCAAGGCUGGUCAUCGAGUCUGGUGUUUGUUACUCUGUGGGGCGGGGGUCUCCUGGUGCCCUGGAGGAUAGCUUCUUAGCUGUUGAUGGAUGGUGGUUCCCUGAAGGUCGUGCAUCUGUUUUUCUGGUUGAGUCCUCGGGCUUUGAAGUGGAAUUUGACUCCUUUGCUACCUGCCUUAUAUACCCCAGGGAAGAACGAUCUUGUUCCCUCCUGCUUGGUUGGUUUUCUCUCUAGGCCAUGACUUACCUCUGGGGGAGCUCCUUCCUCACUGGGGAGCCGAGCUCUUUGCUGCCUAUGCAAGGCUGCUCCAGGACCUCACUGCAGGGUAGGGGACACGGCCCCUCCCAGAGGCCUGUGUGCAGCCCUGGCCUCUGUAGUGUGCCAAAAUCUUCAUGAUAAAUGUCUGUACCCUCACCUUGCACCCUGAGCAUGGUGGCAUGCCUGGAGGAGGCAGACUGUCUCCUCUGUCUGGGGGAGCCUUUCUAUUUUAGAUACCAUCUACACACACACACACACACACACACACACACACACACACACACGGAAACACAGCUAUGCCUUGAAGAGUGUGAAUAAAAGGAGAAAAAAUUUG